GGCAGGGUGCAAAUUGAUGGCACCGAGACUAGAGUCAUAUUGAUAAUGUGUGAAAUUUUCAACUGCACAGUUUUGAUAGAUAGCAGUAAGUUCUUCUUUUUUUCAUUGAUGUUGAAUAUUUUUAAAGAUUUAAUGAAGUCAAUGAUUCUUAGCUGAAGCCAAUGAUUGGGGUGAAGUUUAUGCCAAUUUGUCUGGUGAUGCCAGUUUAGGCAUGGUGGCCAAAGGGACGGCAGAAAUUUCGGUGGGAGCAAUGUAUUCAUGGGAUACUGAUUAUAUUUAUCUGGACAUGUCCAUGUAUUUGGUGCGCACAGGUGUUACAUGCUUGGUGCCAGCCCCAAAACGUUUGGCAACAUGGCUUUUGCCUUUGGAACCAUUUCAGUUCACUUUGUGGUUAGCGGUUUUGGCAUAUUUAUGGCUAGAAUGGUUUAGUCUUUCUCUGACUCACCGCUUUGAGACUUGGAUUAUUUCGAAUGACAAUGUCACUUGGAUGGAGAGCAUAGUCUUUGGCUUUGUGACAACCCUAAAACUAUUGGUCUCUCAAUCGGGCUCAGGCUUUGUGGUCUCACAAACUGUAAGGGUAUUACUUUUCACAUGCUUUUUGAAUGAUUUAAUCAUAACGAGCAUUUAUGGAGGAGGUUUGGCUAGUAUUCUAACAGUACCAAGUUAUGGUGAAGCUGCCGAUACUGUGCGUAGAAUGUUGUCACAAGAACUGCAAUGGGCAGCAAAUUCGGAGGCUUGGGUUUCAACCAUACGCAAAUCUGAUGAUCCCCAUAUCAAUGGCAUUCUGCAAAAUUUCUUCAUCUACAGCGAUGAGAAAUUGGAGCAUUUGGCUGUUUCACGUGCUGGCUAUGGUUUUACUUUAGAGAGAUUGCCCUUUGGUAUGAGCCAUAAAACCCCCAACAAAAAGUUGUCAUAUCUCUUGAUUAUCCUCUUUGCAGGACACUUUGCCAUUGGUGACUAUUUGACACCGGAUAGCAUUAAUAGCUUGAAAAUUAUGCAAGAGGAUCUCUAUUAUCAAUACUCGGUGGCCUUUGUAACGCGUUGCUGGCCUUUGCUUAGCCAAUUUGAUGAUUUGUUGUAUUGGUGGCAUUCUGCCGGCCUCGACAAGUUUUGGGAAUGGCGUGUUGUGGCUGAUAAUAUGAAUGUGCAAAAACAAAAGCAGGUGGAGGCCACUAUGUAUUCCUAUAUGGAAGAUAUUGGCCCUGUCAAAUUGGGAAUGUCCAAUUUUGUGGGCAUUCUAUUGAUAUGGCUAUUGGGAGUUUUAAUUUCCUGUGUGGUUUUCGUUUAUGAGGUGAUAAGAGGCUAUGGUAGGAGUUGUUUGUAAAGAAAAUUUUGCAGAGUUAGCGAUAUGAUAGCUCACUUUGUGUAAUUACACCAUAGCUCUUUUCUUGGCACAUAUAGGAAUUAUUUUAGAAAAUUGCUUUAAAAAUGUGGAAUAAGAACGAAAAAAAACAGUAAAAAAUCUGGCGUUUGAAUACGGGUAAAAAUAUCUCUUUGAAAUAUUGAAAUAUUAGAGCUGAGGAGUUAAGGAGAUGAUGU